CUCAUGGCUUCUUCUUCUUCUUCUUCUAGCCACAAGAAAUACCAUGUGUUCCCGAGCUUCCAUGGCAAAGAUGUCCGCAGAACGUUUCUCAGCCAUUUUCUCAGGGAGCUCGAACGUAACGGGAUCGAGACAUUCAAAGAUCACGAGAUCGAGAGAAGUGAAACGAUCGGACCAGAGCUUGCACGGGCCAUCAGAGAAUCAAGGAUCUACGUCGUCGUGCUCUCCAAGAGCUACCCGUCUUCGAGCUGGUGCUUGAACGAGUUGUUGGAGAUCAUGAAGUGCCGCAAAGCCGAGGCCCGAUCAGUGAUGACGAUUUUCUACGACGUUUAUCCAUCUGACGUGAGGAAACAGCUCGGCGACUUUGGAAGAGCCUUUGAGGAAACUUGCUUCGGUAGAACGAAAAGCGAGAAAGAACGAUGGAGGCGUGCCUUGAACGAUGCGGCGGGAAUAGCCGGAUAUGAUUCUCAUCAAUGGGACAAUGAAGCUCACAUGAUCGAGAAGAUUGUCGCAGAUAUUUCGAACAAACUGAACUUCACGCCUUCAAAAGAUUUCGAAAACAUAGUCGGAAUCGACGCUCAUAUCGCAAGCUUGAGUUCGUUGUUAUGUUCGAGAACCGAAGAAGCGGUCGUAGUGGGGAUAUGGGGUCCUGCCGGCAUCGGUAAGACCACCAUUGCUAGAGCUUUAUACAACCGAAUCCGUGGAAACUUCCAAAGAAGUUGUUUUAUGGAGGAUGUCAAGGCAAGUAACAAACUUGACAGUUAUUGUUCAAAGUUGAAUUUUCAGAGAAAGCUUCUAUCGCAGAUUUUAGAUCAAGAGAACGUAAGGGUCGAUCAUUUAGGUGCGGUAAGGGAGAGACUAGAGAAUCAAAACGCUUUGAUCGUUCUUGACGACGUCGAUGACAUAGAACAACUAAGUACAUUGGCGAAUCACGCUCGGUGGUUUGGUUCCGGAAGUAGAAUUAUCGUGACUACGAGGGAUAGAAGACUCUUGAGAAAGCACGGGAUUACUCGAAUGUAUGAGGUGGAAUUUCCGUCUAGAGAUGAAGCUCUUCAGAUCUUCUGCCGAUAUGCUUUUGGAAAAAACUCUCCUCCGAGUGGAUUUCGGAACCUUGCGGCUGAAGUUGUAAGUCUCGCCGGUCAUCUUCCCUUAGGGCUGAAGGUUUUGGGUUCGUUUUCGCGAGGAAUGGAUGAAAGUGAAUGGAUGCAAACAAUCCCUAUUCUAAGAACCAGACUAGAUGGGGAGAUCGAGAAGUCGUUACGAAUCAGUUAUGAUGGCUUGAACGAUGAUGAUAAGGCUACAUUUCUUCAUAUUGCUUGUUUAUUCAACGGUGAGAACGUUGAUCGCGUGGUUCAGUUGCUUGCUCAUAGCGGCUUACAUGUCGAUCUCGGGCUUAAAGUCCUUUCCGAGAGGUCCCUCAUACAUAUAUCCACGGAUAUCAAUAGGCGAAUAUCGAUGCACGAUUUGGUACAACAAUUAGGUAGAGAAAUAGUCCGGAAACAAUCUAUUCUGGAGCCGGGAAAACGUCAAUUCUUGGUAGAUGCAGACGAGAUAUGCGAUGUACUCACUGAUAAUUCAGGCACGGAAACUGUUUUAGGCAUAUCUUUAGAUAUGUCGAAAAUCGACAACUUGUACGUGGAUGGGGGUUUGUUCGAAAAGAUGAUCAAUCUACGAUUUCUAAGAUUCUUUAUGAAUCCGAUCAAUAAUAAAAACGUCGGGAUGCGCUUACUGAAAGGAUUGGAUUACCUUCCACGCAAGCUAAGAUUGUUACAGUGGGAUGCUUGCCCGAUCAGACGUAUGCCUCGUAGAUUUCGUCCGGAGUUUCUCGUCGAGCUCACCUUACGGCAAAGCAAGCUCGAAAAGCUGUGGGACGGGAUUCAACCGCUAAAGAAUCUAAAGAAGAUGGAUUUGAGCAGAUCCGAGAACCUGAGGCGAAUCCCGGAUCUCUCGGAGGCGAAAGAACUCGAGAGAUUGGAUCUCAGUUACUGUGCAAGUCUGGUCGUGCUCCCUUCUUCGAUAAAGAACCUCAACAAGUUGAAGGUGUUGCGCAUGGAUUUCUGUCGGAAGUUAACGACUCUCCCGGCAAAUAUGGACUUGGAAUGUCUCGAGAUCUUGUAUUUGGGCGGGUGCUCGCGGUUGAAAACCUUUCCCGAGGUUUCCACCAACAUAACGUACCUUUGUCUGGACGACACUGCGAUAGAGGAAGUGCCUUCAUCUAUCCGGUCGUGGUCUCGUCUGGAUUCGUUGGUGUUAUCAAACUGCAAAAAUCUCAGGACAUUUCCGUACGUUCCAUCCACUGUUACAUAUUUUGAUUAUAGCAACACGAGAAUAUAG